AUGAAGAAUCCCACAAAGAUAGAUGGUCCAAAGAAUCUGUACAAAGAGCUUUUGCGUGUUGAUGCACCCAUCCUGAAGGGCAUGGAGGUAUGUGUCAACCAGGAGCGCUUACAUGUGGCCAUAGCUGGUAAGACGAGAUCUAGUACACUCAAGAGGUACAUCAAGGCAUGGAGGGAUUGGCAGUCUUGGAAGAACCUUACAUGGGGAGAGGAAGCUUAUGUCCAUCCUGGCAUGUUUUGUGAGUACCUCUUCAGUCGUUUUGAUGAACCCUGUGGUGCAACAGUCCCCAUUUUCAUCUGCAAGGCUGUGUCAUGGUUUGAGAAGACAGCAGGUUUUGGAGAGGCAUCCAUCGUUUCAACGUCAAGAGCAGUUUGUCAGAUCCGUGAUUAUAUCACAGAGAAACUUGCUGCAGAUACACCCCCUGUCAGAAGGGCUCCAAGGUAUCCUGCAGUGGCGGUCGAAUCCCUAGAGGCUUUGGUGCUGGAUACAGAAAGAACAGUAUGUUUGAGGAUCAUGGCAUGGGUCAAGCUGCUUAAGAUUUGGGGAGCUUUGCGUUUUGAUGAUAUGCAGAAGAUAAAGCCAGCAGACUUGCAACUCACAGGGGGCAGGCUGACGACGACGCUAAGGGUCACCAAGACCUCAGGUCCUGGGAAGAGAGUACAGGAACUUCCAGUGUGCAUUUCGGAGAAAGCAUAUGUUUGGGAUGUUUCUUGGAUUGAAACUGGUUUUCGACUUCUCAAACAGCAUGCAAACUUUGAGCGUGAUUAUUUGCUUCCGAAGUUCAUGGAGAACUGGGCAGGUUUUCAGAUGAAGUAUGCAACAUAUCAGGACGUCUCUUCAUAUGCAUGUCAUUUGAGAAAGAUUCUGCCGAGUUAUUAUGACUUCAAUGCAAUUUUUCCGGAAGAACUUGCAUCUUUCUGGACAGAGCACAGCGAGAGAGCGACGAUGCCGACAGCGUUGGCAAUGCUUGGAGUUGAGACCUCAAAGAGGGAUUUGGUUGGUAGGUGGAAGCCGGAAGCAAGUGAUACCUAUAUCAGAUCUUAUAAUGGACUGGUAGCUCAACUUCAGGGGCUGUAUGGCAAAGCCAUGAGAAAACCUGAUAGAUUCCGUCUCUUGGAUGAAAUUGACGUGGCAGAGAGUGCAGAUGCGUGGUUGAGAAAUAGGAAGACGGAGAUAGUUGAUGCAGAGAGGGCAGAGUUGGUUUCACAGCUUAUGGCGUCCAUGGAUUCCUUUGCAAUCCAUGAUGAAGUAGAAGGGCCUUUAGGAGAACAGUGCGAUACAGAACAGACAGAGGUGCUGGAGGCUCCUCUUCAAGUUCGAGUGAUUCCAGCAGCUGAGUUCAAGAGCAUGGAGAAGGGCAGACGAUUGGAGGGCAUAGUCCUUCUGAUUCUGGAACUCGGGAUGCCAGUGUGGUAG